AUGUCGCCCAAAACUCAAUUCAAUCUAGGUCUUCCUUUAGAGCUAUGGCUAGACAUUCUUAGACUAGCAAUAAGAACAUCGGAUUGGAAACCGUACAUGUUCUUUCCACCUCACGAGGAUUUUGCUUUCGUCGAAGGGUUCAAGAACGCAUCGACGGAAUGUCGUAAACUUGUCAAAACAGCAGAGAAUAGUCUAUGUGGGAGAUCUGUUGUUACAUCUUUUUCCGAUGAUGGUUUAAAGCCCGAUUUUCCAGCUGGGUCAGUCAGACACAUGGUCAUUAAUGAUGAAAUGCGGCCGUCUAGUAAAAGUAACCAUACUAUAUGGGGACGGCAGCUCAAUACCCUUGAAUCUGUCUCAACUAUCUUUGGCAGCCGCUUUGUAACAUGCCUUGUCUGGGAGACUCCACUGGGACCUGUACAAAGCCUCCGAAGGCUUGAUCUUUUCUGCUGUUUCCCUUAUUUUUUCAACCCCGACCUUGCCGUCACGCUCAACUUUCCUAACCUCGUCGAGUUACGUUUGGCACGCUUUAAACCAACGGAAUUUUGUGGAGAUGUACUAUUCACGAAAUGUUUCUUAUUGAAUAACGAAGUCGAAGAGGAUAUGGCCGAUCGCAUUGCUGCAUUUUCUGCAUUAAAAGGCACCCUGAUCGAAUUGCCGCACCUUCGGCUUCUUUCACUGCACGUAUCGCUUACUUACAGUGAAAAAGUGGAUGCAGCCAGGGAAUAUCAUGAUAAGAAGCAUAGAGGCCACGGCUCAUUACUCAGAUAUUUACGUUGCAAGGACUGUCCACUUGAGCAGAAUGACGAAGCUGCAAGGUUGAAGGAAAGAAUAGCGACAAGGGACCUGGCAGAGGCAUUGCCCAAGCUCGAAUGUGUUCGGUGGACAGAUGCAUGGAGGAGAAAAUAUUUUGAUGAAGUGGGACAGAGAGAGUAUGAGGUUAGUAGGAAAGGCAAUGGCGAACUUGGUAUUGUUGACCACGGUGUUAUUGAUGAGCACUGGCCUUGUGAUAAGUAUUGUUUCUUAUAA